UCUUCCUGUGUUUGUAGGAUGGAUGAGGAGUCGGUAGAUGAGCUGCUCUUCAAAGACUGUGACUUCUCCUCUGACUUAUUGAAGCAGCUUAAUGGCUUAAGGCAAAACAAGAUCCUGACAGAUGUUAGCCUCUGUGCCAGUGCCUGGGAGGUGCCCUGCCACCGAAACGUCCUGGCCUCCAGCAGCCUCUACUUCAGGGCCAUGUUCUGCAACAACUUCAGGGAGAGUGGUGAGGCCAAAGUCCACCUGAAAGGUAUUGACGCCGCCGCUCUGGAGCAGAUUGUCCUAUAUGUGUAUACGGGGGAGGUACGCAUCACAGCUGAGCGGGUCCUGCCUCUGAUGGAAGCAGCUUCCAUGUUGCAGUACCCCAAGCUCUUUGAAGCCUGCUCUUCAUACCUCCAGAGCCAGCUGACCCCCAGUAACUGCCUGGGCCUGCUGAGACUCUCAGACAUCUUAAGUUGUGAGACUCUGAAGAAGAAAGCCAGGGAGGUGGCCCUGAAGUAUUUCCCAGAGGUGGCCUCAUCGGCCGACCUGAAGGAACUUUGUGUCUUGGAGUUGACAGACUACCUAGGAGAUGAUGAACUCUGUGGGGAGGAGGAAAAGGUAUUUGAGGCUCUCAUGGUUUGGGUCAAGCAUGAUGUAGAGACCCGGAAACGGCACAUGCAAGAACUGUUGAAGCAGGUCAGGCUUCAAUAUGUCCACCCAGCCUUCUUCUACCAUUUCAUCGCCAGCGACACCCUCCUUCAAACCUCACCUGCAUGUCAGGCCAUCUUGGAGACAGCCAAAAGGCAGAUGUUUUCUUUCUAUAAUACCAGUGUCCCAGACCUCAAACCUCUAUGUCACAUCCCUCCAAGAAACUCUUACCAAGACUUCCUCAUUCUCUUGGGUGGAAGGAAGGACAACCAACAGACCACCAGGGAUGUUCUGCUCUACAACGAACAGACUGGCCAAUGGCAGGACCUUGCCAAACUCCCGACCCGGCUGUACAAGGCCUCAGCCGUCACCUUGCACCGCAGUGUCUAUGUUAUUGGGGGUAAGGCUGUCAGAGCAGGUAAGAGUCUGGUCAGUCCCAAUGUUUAUAUCUUCUCCCUGAAACUCAAUCAAUGGCGUCUGGGGGAACCCAUGCUGGUGGCCCGCUACUCCCACAGAAGCACCGCCCACAAGAACUUCAUCUUCUCCAUUGGGGGACUUGGAGACAAGCAGGAAGGCAUGGGCUCCAUGGAGAGAUAUGACAGCAUCUGCAAUGUCUGGGAAAAUAUGGCCAGCAUGCCGGUGGGUGUUCUCCACCCUGCAGUUGCUGUGAAAGACCAAAGACUCUACCUCUUUGGGGGAGAGGACAUCAUGCAGAACCCUGUGCGCCUAAUCCAGGUUUAUCACAUUUCCAGAAACACGUGGUUCAAGAUGGAGACGAGGAUGAUCAAGAAUGUGUGUGCCCCUGCAGUGGUGCUGGGGGAGUGGAUUGUCAUCGUGGGAGGUUACACCCGGAGAAUUCUCGCUUACGACCCUCAGUCCAACAAGUUCGUCAAGUGUGCAGACAUGAAAGACCGGAGGAUGCACCACGGGGCCGCAGUGAUUGGGAAAAAGCUGUACGUGACAGGUGGGCGGCGACUGACCGUGGACUGCAGCAUCGAGGACUCAGACUCCUUUGACUGCUAUGACCCCGAGACGGACACAUGGACAUCCCUGGGACAGCUGCCUCACAAACUCUUUGACCAUGCCUGCCUCACUCUGCAGUGCAUACCCCACAUAGCCAACUUCCCCUGAGCUGGACACAAGCCCUUUUGUCUUAGUUAAAAGG